GUAUGCGUGCAUAAUUAUAUUUUUUUAAAUCUCUUUAACUCGAAUUAAAAAUAUCAAGAUGUGUAAAAUUCAAAGUGAAUACUACAAGAAAGUAUUGAGAUAAUAUUUUUUAUAGAAAAUAAACGCAAUUUUUCCAUAUAUCGUUAACGUUCUACCUAUAAUUUAUAUACAAUUUAUAAUAAAAGCCCUCGACUAUCGUGAUAAAAUUGUGAAACAUAAAAAUUCAGACGAGUGUCAAUACUUUUGUAACCACAGUAGCUCAGCCCAACACAUACACAUACAUACAAUCUCACGAAGCUUGCUCGGUUCGGCCGUUAACUUCGGCUUCGCUCGCGCGUUUUAGGAGGGGCGGUGGCGUCGGUGAUGCCGAGUCUGAUGCUCGCAAUGGUGAUGGUGAUGGUGGUGAUGGUGGUGUAGUGGUGAUAGCAACGAACGUAGAGUAGGAAGGACGCGUGCUGUUGAUGUUAGUAUUAGUAACGGUGGUAAUGGUGGUAGUGAUGGAGGUGUAGUGGUGGUGGUCGUGGUGGUGGUCGUAGUGGUGGUGGAAGGGACGCCGGGCGUCGCGGCGCAGGCUGCCGCACCCAGCAAAGCGCCUGCUCCCCUUCGGCCGGUAAAACGUAUACCUACUCGCGUAUAGUCUUCUAUAUAGUACGUUGACUGAAGAGAGAGAGAGACAGAAAACGCGCGUCCUUGUCGCGAACGUCGACACACUGCAUGGCGACAGAACGCGUCGGUCCAGCGAGACGAAGACGAGAACUUCGAAGAAAGGAAAGGAGCAAAAAGAGAGAGAAAGAGAGAGAGAGAGAGAGAAAGAGAAAAAUAUAUAGAAAGACAUUUGGCUGUUGCUAAGCGCGAGCUUUAUUAUUUCCGGUAUCUAUGGUAUUUUCAAUUUUGAUAACGAGACAAGGUCUGGCCUUCGCCCAGGUCCAAGGUCACGAAAAAGGAAGGCUACAAAAAUGUUAAAUAAUCGGACUAGUAUUUAACAAUCAUACUAUAUUAUCAUUUGACUUGUGAUUUUUGGUUACGGUGUAUCCGAUGUGUGUAUACGGUGAAAUAGGAUUAUUUUCGUGAAUUUAGAUGUAGCCAAGAGAAUAUUCGAUCGAUUGUUGAUGGUACGUACAUUGUGAUAGUUCUUUCGUGUGAAGAAAGUGUUUGUUAGCAGUUUCCUGGGUUGCAGGAUAUUCCGAUUAUCAGGAUGGAAGAUCAUGGGUGUAGUUGAAAUAGGGGAAUAGCUAAGUACGUGAUGGCGGGAGAAAUUUUAUGUUCCUGCCGUGUCAAGGUUGCACGACCUUGGUUUCUGUCAGUGACACGCCAUGCCGGAAAUCGUGUUUACUGAAUUUCGCGCGGGCUCUUUCGAGAUAUCAUGAUAACUAUAAAAUAACGUUUACUUUCAUAGGUAUAUACUAUCAUAGAAUUUCCUAUUUGGUUUAAUCGUUCAUCCACAUCAGGAGUGAUAAGUUUUGGUGUACCCAUAGAAUUUUUCUGGGCUAGAAAUUCGAAAGAGUACGAAAGAGUAAAAGCUUUGCACCAAUUUCAAACUCAACUACUUGAAAGUUCGAUACGGUUUCUCUAGUCCAUGAGUAAACAUCAAUCUUUUCUAAGGCCUAGCCAAGCCAAAAAAGAGAGAGAGAGAGAGAGAGAGAGAGAGAGAGAGAGAGAAAUCUCAUGCUCCUCUUGAAACUAGCAACGUGAAUUCGUCGUGAAAGUUCAAGUGCGGGGCCGAUCAUCGUGCCAAAGAUCUUUUUCCGUCUGUUCAUACAUGUGUCCAUACUGUGAAAGAAGUAAAAAUCAUUCUUGCAAAAGAAAAACAAAAAAGAAAAAAAGAGUAACGAAAAAUGAAAAAAUCAAUUUUCCAAACAUAUCAAAAUUUUUCUUUAUUAUAAAAAUUACCAGAAACAAAUUAAUUAAUUAAACGAACAUCUAUAAUGUGAUAUAAUUUUAAGAAUAAAAAUGUCAUGUUUAACAAGAAAAUUGAUUACAUAGUAGAGACGAGUUAACGGUAUAGUUGCGUGACUGUUUAAUAGACCAAACUAUAGGGUUCACGCGUAUCCGGUAAUGCACGAUCGAUAUUCACCUUUCCCAAGUUAGUAGGGACCCGCGUUUCGCACGAAGGAAUCCAGGAGACAAGGGGUUGAUUGCCCUGAGUCGCGGGGGGUAAGACUGCGGUGGUCGCUGCUCUGUCUGCCUCUCUCUCUUUCUCUCUCUCUCUCUCUCUCUCCUCUCUCUCUCUCUCUCUCUCUCUCUCUCUCUCUCUUUCUCUCUCUUUGCGGAGACUGCAGGCGGCUUUAGGCGGUGCCCACGUCGCCAUCGUCGUCGUAGCGUCGUUUCGAGAUAGAAUAGCUUUGCCCAUGCAUAUAUGCAUUCGCACGCAAGCUUCUUAUCAGGCCUUCUUCUUCUUCUUCUUCUUCUUCUUCUUCUUCUUUUCGAGUACCGGAACGUACGAUUCAUAGCGGAUUUAACGGUAGCCACUCGAAUAAAACCGAGGGUUAACCGAUACAUUGUUGCUCUUUAUUAGAAGAAACAUUUGAACGAGAGAAUACUGCGAAAAUGAAAGAUUGAUUUUUAGAAAAAUGAUCGUUCCAUCCAUAACCGUCUAAAAAUUUCUAGUAAUAUCCUAGAAUCGUUUCUCUGCCAUCUAAAUCGUUGCGAGGAGACAAAUAAUCACGAUUUGGAAAUAUGAUCAUAACAUUAUUUUAGAUCAUAUGAUAUCAUUCGAAUAAUACGAAAAUUUCUUUGUGCCUGUAUUUCAAAUAACCGUCCUAUCGAUCAAUACGAAUUUUUUCGAAAGACAAAAGAUAAGUGAUAAAAAGAUCAAUUGAUUGACUAAGAAAAAAGGAAUUGUCGAAAUAAUCGUUCAUAAAAAAAACAAUUUGUUGAUAAAAUUAUUCGUGAUAACAGUGCUGUGUUACUUACUACUACUGAAGGCGCAGUGAUAAGUGGUGGGUGAUGAUAAGUGACCCACCGUUUCGAAUGAAGUGGUUUUAGGAUGAUGGUGGAGCGUGUCGAGGAUCACCUCUUCAUGUAUCGACGCCCCGUCUACCGGGUCUUCCAGUACCUCGAAACCACUGACCAUGAGGGGAUGAGCACUGGGACAGGAGAUGGAGGUGGAAGCGGAGGUGGUAGUGUACAGGGUGGUGGAGGUGGAAGAAAUACACCACCUCAUGGAUCGCCCACCCCCAUGGACAAGGCGACUUUAAAAGUCCAUUUACCCAACGGUGGUUUUAAUGUCGUUAAAUUUGGUGAUGCUAUCGACGUCAAAGGGAUCAUCUCCUUGGUAACCAGUCGACUCGCCGUUGGUACCAGACAUUAUCGAAAUCUCUAUGCGAUGAGAUUGCAUCAUCCAGGAUCUGGUGAGAGUUACUGGUUGCAUCAAGAUACCACCAUGUACCAGGUUCAAGAGAAGUAUGAAAAGAAACAUCCUCAUUGCGAGUGGAGGUACGAACUCAGAGUACGAUAUCUACCGCAAAAUCUGAACGAUCUCUACGAGAAAGACAAAGUCACAUUUUACUAUUAUUAUGAUCAGGUACGAAACGACUACCUCUAUGCAAAUCAUGCUGCACUGGAUCAAGACGUAGCCGUUCAAUUAUGUUGCUUAGAGAUACGUUAUUUCUUCAAAGACAUGCCACAAAUGGCUCUCGACAAGAAAAGUAACUUGGAAUAUUUAGAACGAGAGGUUGGCUUACAUAAGUUUCUUCCACGAUCCGUGUUAAACGGAAUGAAGCCAAAGGCACUUCGAAAGCUGAUACAGCAACAUUUCAAGAAAGUAGCUGCUCUUUCGGAAUUAGAAUGCAUGUUUAAGUUCUUUGACUUGCUUCGGGCACAUUAUAGGUUUGACCAGGAAAGAUUUAUUUGUGCAUUGGGGUCAAGCUGGUCCAUUCCUGUUGAACUAGUCAUCGGUCCCGAUCUCGGCAUAUCUUAUAUGGCUCAUCGAGGUGGAACAGUGCCAACUAGAAUGGCGGAGUUCUCACAAAUACAAUCAAUUCAAACGCUCGUUUCUGACUGCAAAGAACAUGCCAAAGCAUGUAUCAAAUUAAGAGUCGCUGGAGCAGCUGAAACGCUGAGCAUAACUUGCUCUAGUUUGGACCAAGCGGAAAGUCUUGCUGACUUGAUAGACGGUUAUUGUAGACUAGUGACUGGCAGUAAUACUUCAUUAUGGAAUCGAAAAGCUGCAUCGUGGAAAAAUUAUCCCUGUCCAUGCAAAGAUGCACAUCCUCCAAAAUAUAGACAAGAUGGUUUCAAUAGUCCUGAAAAAAAUGUGAGCAAAACAGGAACGAUUCUGUCUGAAGAUUAUGCAGAAAUCGUAGACGAGGAAGGAGACUAUUCGACUCCAGCCACACGCGAUUAUGAAAUAGUCCGUAAUCAAGUAGAACUGGGUGAAAUUAUUGGAGAAGGUCAAUUUGGUAAUGUUCACAAAGGAUCAUAUAAAGGUAGAGAUGGACAAACGCUAGCUGUUGCUGUUAAAACGUGUAAAGUUGAUGCGGACCUUGCUACUGCUGAAAAAUUCCUCGAAGAAGCAUACAUCAUGCAACAGUUUGAACACCCUCAUAUAAUUAGACUCAUUGGAGUAUGUUCCGAAGCGCCAAUCUGGUUGGUCAUGGAAUUGGCAAGACUUGGAGAAAUGCGUGCAUAUCUUCAAUCUAACAAACAUCGAUUAGAUCUUGCGACUCUUUUACUCUAUACAUUCCAACUUAGUACCGCUUUAUCGUACCUCGAGAGUAAAAAAUUUGUACACAGAGAUAUCGCAGCUAGAAAUGUAUUAGUUUCUUCGCAUAAUUGCGUCAAGUUGGCAGACUUUGGAUUGAGUCGAUGGGUGGAGGAUCAAAGUUAUUACACUGCAAGCAAAUGUAAAUUACCGAUCAAGUGGAUGGCUCCGGAGAGUAUAAACUUUCGGAGAUUUACUACUUCGUCCGACGUUUGGAUGUUCGGUGUUUGUAUGUGGGAGAUACUGAUGUUAGGUGUGAAACCAUUCCAAGGUGUAAAAAAUAACGAAGUCAUUCGUAAGUUAGAAAAUGGUGAAAGACUAGCGCUUCCUAAUCACUGCCCUCCACGUUUGUAUUCCUUGAUGUCUCAGUGUUGGAGUUACGAACCUAGUAAAAGACCAACUUUCAAAGAAAUUAGAGAAACUUUACAUGAAAUUUUGUUAGAAGAGAAGCACCAACAACAGGAAACAAUGAGACGAGAAAAUAGAAGAGUUCAAGCCAUGUCCUGGGGUGCAGACGAAGUUCCACCGCCGAAACCUUCCAGACAGCCACAGAAUACAGCAGCAGACCCAGCACAAUUAACAGCAGCUGCGCCUGUCUCUACGUAUAUCGUAGCACAGAGUCCGGAAGUUCUUGCUCAACUUCUUAAGGAUAAUCAAACUAGGGGGGUAUGUCCCUCUGUCUACACUACUCCUGCCUCUCCAUUUAACACACUCGCUGUACAAUUUCAAGAUGAAGAUCAAGUCUUGACUACUGCCGUUGUCUCAGAUUUACCCUUUUUCGAUCCAGCGAUCUCCGAGCCUACUGCUUCUCACGACACACAAUCAGGAGAUUCUACUUUGUCCGAUACUAAUUUAGAUUCUCUAGAUUCCUCUGAUACUGUCUCUCCUCUCAUGUCGAGUCUCAAUAUCUCAGACACAACUCAGACACAAUCGCCAGCUGCCGGUAGAAAACAACAAAAGGUUAAAGAGAUGCAAAACUUAUACGCAGUAAGCUCUAAAGUUGUCGGUAAUAUCACGGGAGAUUUAUAUUCGCCCGUGCAAAAAUUUUCAACAUCCAAUCCAAUACCUAUUACAACUACUGCUUGUGGUGAAAUUUACGGUCCCGUUGCUAAUUUUACACAAAGUUCGGCUAUCGUAGGUAAUCUCAGUCAAAGUCCUAGCGUAGGUGGUAACUUUGGUGAAAAUCCAGGCAAUUUUGGCUCAAGCAGCUUAAAUAAUCAAACUCAAUUUGUGAGUGGCACGCAUGUUCAAUCAUCUAAUCUUGGUCAACACCCCACUAAUAUCACCAGCCAAGCAUAUGUUAGUGGUCAACAACCUAUAAUUCCUAGUAGUUCGUCUACUUCAAAUGCUAUUACCGCUACAGGAUCUCCUCGUAUUAAUACAGUUAACGUUCCAAUAUCUACUGGCAAUGCGGAAUGUUUGUACGGCCCUGUUUUAAAAUUUCGAGCACAAAAUGCUCCUCAGAGUCAAAGUGGUGGGGACAUGACAUGCGUUAGUUCAGCUACAUCAUUUAUUCCAAGUGGAAGAAGUCAAUUGGUUUACAGUCCAACACCAAUUCAAAACUUGCAAUCUCAACCACUUUAUCCUCAAAACUAUCAACAUCAACAAAUAUAUUCUAACGUUAAUCAAGUGGGACAACAACACAUAUACAUUCCACGAACGCAACAAGCACAAAAUAUUCAACGACAAACUUCUUUGCAACCACAAUCUCUUUCUUACACAUCAUCGCAACAUACGAUGCAACAAAGUCAAGCAAGUAGUGCCAAUCCAAUAUACACAGCCCAUGCUGCAUCUGUUACGGUUGUUCAAGCACAAAAAAUGCAAAUGCCAAAUUAUAUACCGCAAGUGCAAAGUGGGAUGGCAAACAACCAAUCGCCUGCAUCAUUGAACGUUACCGGGAACCAACAUCAAUCAUUUGGAGUAACACAAGCUCAUGGCAUUCAACCUCGCAUUAUUCCACCAGGUGUUAUGAUACAACAAAGCAGCCAACAGCACACUCAACCACAUGUUCCUAAUUUCAUCUUAGGUCAACAUUCUGGUUAUAUUGCUCCUACGGAACAAACGCAAGUUCAAUACAGUGCUACAGGUUUCCCGGCACAACAACAAGUGAUAAACGCAGUUAGUGUUAAACAACAAGUAGCUCAAGUGGCACCAACGGUUGUUAAACCAUGCGCACCUCAAGUAGCAACUGGCAUAGCGAAAAUUACUACGUUUGUGACAUCAAAACAAGAUGAACCAUUGACAAGUUCUACUGAUGGUACUCUAUCUGGAUCACUUAUAUCUUCCGCUGUCAGCGACAGCACCAUGUCAUCUAGCAGCUCGAUGACAGAGGAGGCACAGCAAGAUCAGAGAGGUGCACAGUCCCAGAUAUUUGACAGUGGUGCUGAUAGUUUUACUGGUAUAGAUGACGAACAGAAGUUAUUAGAACAGCGACUUUUGGAACAACAACGGCAAUCAGAAGAAGAUAGUCGUUGGCUUGCGAGAGAAGAGAAACGUUUGUCAAUCGCAACAAGUGGAGAUGAAAGUACUAGUCCGCCAAUUCCUCGUUCAGCCACGCAAUCACCAAAUCAUGAACCUCAUACCAUGAACACAGGUUCUCUUGGUUCAGAUAAAGGACCUGAGAAAGAGAAAGAAAAAGUAAUAGUAGUAAAGAAAAUGGAACCAACACCAACAGCAGAUUUGGAUAGAACUAAUGAUAAAGUAUAUGAUUGUACUACCAGUGUAGUUCGGGCAGUUAUGUCUCUGUCACAAGGUGUUCAACAGAGUAAAGCCGAUCAGUAUUUAGAAUUAGUAAGAAGAGUAGGCAUUGAAUUAAGAGCUUUAUUGUCCUCUGUUGAUGCUCUUGUAGAAAUCUUACCUAUAUCCGCACACAGAGAAGUAGAAAUGGCACAUAAGGUUUUAAGUAAGGAUAUGGCUGAACUUGUAACGGCUAUGAAAUUGGCACAAAAUUAUAGUGCUACCACGUUAGAUGCAGAAUAUCGGAAGGGAAUGCUUUCUGCGGCUCAUAUUUUAGCAAUGGAUGCAAAGAAUCUCUUAGACGUAAUCGACUCUAUUCGUAUUCGAUAUCCAUAUGUCGAUAAUCAAAUUUGUCAAAGACAAAAUGAUAAGAAUACGUCGCGAGACUCAACACCAGAACAUUGCAUUCGAUCGAGCCAAUCUGGUGAACAUUUUUUGAGAAGAAGCCAGUCGAGUGAAAGGCAAAUAACAACAUUCAGACAAAGCCAAAGUGGAGAUCUUCUACAUCGAAUGGGUCAAUCAGUUGAUCGUUCUUUGCAGGGAAGUCAAACUGAUGUUAGCGGUGGAACUAGUUUAGAAAGGAGGCAUCACAUUGUAACGAAUAGUCUUGAACGUAAUUCAACAAGUAGAAGACAAAUGGCAACCAAUAGCUUAGAAAGAAAAAGGCCAUCAUUAUCUUGUAAUAUGGGUCCUAUGAAUAAUUCCGUUAAUCUCCCACCGAUUGUACCAGUAGCAUGCAAUUUGGUUCAGACAGUGGGACCUGUUAUUCAUCCGAGUCAGUCAGUCGCGAUGAGUGUUAGUCAACAGUCAGUAUUCACUGCUAAUAAAUCUUCGAAUGAAACACCUACCAGUGACAGCUAACAAGAUGCCUUUCAUUGAGGUGAUUAUCUUAAAAGAAUUAUUAACAUCGACAUUCUAUUAAAAUUAGUGAUACUCAUGUAGACUGAUUUCAGGGAUACUUUGGAGUACUACUUAGAUUGUAUGUAAAUAGACGAUAAUGUAUGAGUUACCUGUGUAUGUCCCAUGAAUAUAUCGACAACAGGACAUCUAGUAUUUGUGCUUUUUAGCUCUUUUUAAUAUUUAUAUAUACAGACACUUUGUCUAGGCGUACUUAUAGAUAGGACAGUAUUCACCAGAUAUAGAAGUAGUAAAUUAGAUAAUUUAAGUCACAACUAUAAAGAAUCAACUCCAAAGUUUUAGAAUUAAAAUUACUAUUUGUUAUGGCAAAUGCGUGUAUGUAUGGGGUGAUGCAAAGGAUGCGUGCGCUUAAUUAAGACUGCGAUUAUGCGAGAAGACAUAGAGAUACACAUGUAGCACAUAUAUCGGACUUGCUUUUUACAGUUUAUUCUAAAGCUUGACGAAAACCAAACAUAAGUGUUCAAAUAAUGUUGCAAUAUUGUUAUUUGCAUGGCUCAUAGUUCAGGAAAUUGUUUCUCUUAUUGCAUCACCUCAUAAGUAGUUGAAUAUUGCAUAUAUCGUGCAAAGGUUUGGUUUCUUAUAAGACACAAUGUUGCCGCGUUGUUUUUAAUACAAGUUCAUAAUUUGAUAGUCUAUUUCCUACAUAUAGAAGUACUAUGGGGAAUAAUUAUAAUGUAAAAAAUGGGACUGAACGUUAUUUUUAUUAGCAAAUUAUUUAACGAUUCAUACCAGUUUGCAACGUUUGUACAAGAUGUUUUAUAAAAAGCGAAUCUCAUUCUCCAACAGUAAGUCAGUUCCUACAAAAUAUUUUUAGGCAAUUUCACAGAGAUGCUGCUAAUAGCUUUUUAGUACGGUUGGCAGUAACAUUUACAUUAGCGUGUUCGAUGCUUUUUUUUAAAGCGUCACCAAAUAUUCUACAAAUAAAUAGAACUUCUUUUCUACAUAUAACAUAUCCUUUGUUAAGUUCCUGGGAAAUUUGAAAUCUUAUUUAGGCAACAUUCUUAAAUGAAUGUAUUAAUAACAUCAAUAUCACCAUACAUACUCAUACAUCAUAUCAUAUUCGCAAACGAUAAAAAACUUUUAACUCUGUGCUACAAUUUUUAUUAAUUCGAAAGAUGGCUUUUAAGUCUUGAUGUGCCAAGGUGUGCUUAUGUACUCAAGACAGAAUCUUCAAUUUAUAGUGGAAAGUUUUGCCAUGACAUGUAUUGCCAUGACAUAUAUCCCAGGAACCAGUAGUAAUAUAAUGACUAAUAGUAUAAUCAUUGAUACUGCUACUGUUUUGAGAGCAUAAGACACUUUCUUAAAUUAUGUUAAAUGUACAUAAAAUACUAUACAAAAUUCACUUCUUUUUAUUCAGUAAAUAAUAUUGGUAAUAUAACCAAUAUAACUUCUUAAAUACGCAUGUUUUGUCUUGUAGCAAUAUAUGUAUAUUUUUAUCUUUAUAUAUAAAAAAUUUACUUUCGUUUAUUAGAAUCUUAACUUUAAAUCAUUAAAUUUGAAAGUAUAUAGCUAUCAAAAUUUUAUUCGGAUAUGAGACCAAUUUCCACCUCACGAUUCUGUAUAAGAUGCUUGUAAAAUCAUAACAGUUAUGAGUGCCCAUAUUGUAUAAAAUAACUUCAUUAUUAUAUUAUUAUAGAAAUAUUAAUAAAUGCUGUUCUAUGUAUGAAUUUCAUUUUUUGACUUUCUUUUACAUAGAGAAAUAAUUUAAUUUUUAAUAUUUUCUUGAUUUCUUGUGUUUAUUUAAAUAUAAAAAAAUCUUUUUAAACUUUUAUCUGUACUUUGCACUUUACAUAUGAGCUAUACACAAAUUAGUUAAUAUGUGAUCAUCUCUCUAACAUAUAAACAAUAUUUAAAAAGUAUUAUGAUUAUUAAUACUAUAAAAAUUAAAUGUCGUAAAAUAAACAGAAGCAUAACAAUUGUGCUUUUUUAAUCGAGAAAACUUGCUAAAUGCUUUAUUCUUCUAAAUAUUUGUAACCACUAUGCCAUUCAUAUAUUAUAAGCAAUAUUUCUCAUUUUAGAGAAUGAUUUUGGAUGAAUUCUUAAUAGUAUAAUAUAUAUUGUAGGUUUAUUGUCUAUUAAAAAGAUGAUGACAUAUAAGCUGAUUUUGUGUUCAUACCAAUCUAUUUCAAAUCUUCUUGAUAAUAAAGAUCUAGAAGAGAAACUAAAGAUACCAUUGAAAUUGUUACUGUUAUAUCAGUUGGAUAGGAGAUAAAAAUAUACAAUAUAUAAUCUCAUUUCAGAGAUAUUUAUAAAUUUGUGUAAAUGUAACUAUGUAUCAUGAUUGCAAGAAAAAUAAACUACGCAUAUGAUUUCAGCAUCAUAAAUGCAUUAUAUAAAUUAAAACUUAAUAAUAUUUAUUGUAUUGACAAAAUCUACAUUGGUAUAUACACAUUUUAUUUUUUAUGAUAAUAGUUUUAUAAUUCAUUAAUUUGAUACAGAUAUACAUAAUAAACUUUAAAACUUAUUACAUCUACCCAAUUUUCAGAAAGCUACAUAAUAUUUAUUUUCCAUGCUUUGAGCUGUAAUAUUUAAUACCAGUGUGUGUAGAACAUCUUGCAUAUUUAGUUAAUAAAGCAUUCACAUUCAAUUUAUUUGUUUCAAAUUUCCUGGAAUAAUAUUACUGCUAAAUAACUGUUUAAAGGGGUAAAAUGGUAUUAAAAGUAAUGCUUUCAGAAAUUGUUUUCAUACUAACAAUAUGUAUGGAGUUAUUUCUUCAAGAGUCCACUUUUCUUUGACUUUAAAUAUUUCUUUAAGUCUAUCAUUGAUAUUUUUUGGUAAAGUUUCUUCUGGAAAAGAUAUCACUUCUUUUUGCAUAAUACUUUUAUUAUAAAUAAUAAUUGCAAUUCCUCUUAAGUAUUCCUCUUUUGGCACUAUUUCUAAAAUUGUUUUUAAUAAAAAUCAUAAAUAAUUAUUCAAAAAUUAUGUUACUAUUCACUUACUUUCUGGUACACCCAUUUUCCAGGAUUCCAUAAAAUCAUUAUAUUUAUUAACAGGUAAAGCGGUUAGAAGAACUUUUGCUAAAAUUUUACAUACUUUUUCUUCAUUGUAUCUAUAAAGGAAUUUUACGUAAAAGAAAUUAUAUUUACAAAAUUUUAAACAUAUAAAAUUUUUACACGUAUCUAUAAUUUGAAGAUAGUACCUAUAUAAAGGAGUAUUAUCCUCUUUUAGUUUCUCACUUAAACUUGUAUAUUUCUCAAACAAUGCUUUAAAAAUAGGUUCAGCAAUAAGUUCUUUUAAAGAAUCAUAUGUAAUUUCUUUAUCAACUUCAUCUACUUCCCAUGAGUAAUCAUUAAACAAAUCUAACAUAUAUGUCACAUUUCGUACUUCUGCUUCAAAUGAUAUUAAUCGAAGAUAACCUUAAUAGUAAAACAUAAAGUAAUAUUUAGUAAUUAACUUUAUUAAAAUAAUUCUCUAAUAAAGUUCACGGUUUAACAUAUAGUAAUUUUAUGAAAAAUUACCAUCUAUUGUUACAACUAAGUGAUCAUUUAAAGCCUGUUUCAAUUCAUCCUCACUAGCCUGAAUUUCAUUUCUUAAUUUAUCCCAAUCAUAAAGUAUUGUUGAAUCUAUGUCUGAUUCAUAUUCUUUACCAUUGUAACAAGAAGGUUCAAGUACAGUCAAUAUUUUAUCAACACGAGGUUUACAUUUAUGUACCUAUAUAAUUCUCAUUAAUAUCUAUUAAACAUUUUAAAAUGAUUAUAAAGAUAAUCUUAAAUACCUCAUAGUAAUUAUGAAAAAUUCCUGUUACGCAACAUCUUUUUAUUACUCUACCAUGUUCUUCUGGGGUCUUCGUAUCAUCCCCUAACAUUAAAUCAGGUACCAAUAAUAAAGAAUUCGACGUUUCUGCUUCUUUUAUCUCAUAAGUCCGAUUCUCUGUACAAAGUACUGCAGUUUCAUUACUACUACCUUUAAACGAUAAACUAAAAUCCCAUAAAAUUAGUUAUCUUACCAAAUGUUAUUGUAAGCCAUAAAAUGAUUCCAAAAAUUUAAUUAUAAAAAUAUACAAUCUUUAUGUAAUA